AUGGCUUUGGUAGAUACCAGCUCAGAAAUAACUAUUUUUGCAGGUAACCCCCGUAAAUUUCGUGGACAGUCUGUAGAGAUUGAUGGUUAUGGGGGGGCAAAGACAGUGGGUGUAAAAACCAAAGUAAGAAUAGCCUUUGGGGAUGGUAUUCCUGUUUUCAUUGUAGCUGUAAUAGCUCCCGUACCAGAACACAUUGUGGGAAUAGAUGUCCUAAAGGGUAGGACCUUAGAAACUACGGUAGGGCCAUUCAGAUUUGGAGUACGGCACUGUUCAGUCAAUGCAGUCAAGGCCAUUGUUCGAGGUGAUGCCAAGUGGGAACCUCUGCAUAUUCCCACACCAAAGGUGGUGACCAACAUUAAGCAAUAUCGUAUUCCAGGGGGCCAUUCAGAAAUUACUGAAACGAUCCAGGAAUUACUCCGAGUUGGCAUACUCGAACCGACUGUGAGCCCAUUCAAUAGCCCGGUGUGGCCUGUCAAAAAACCUGAUGGUUCCUGGCGUAUGACGGUAGAUUAUCGGGGCUUGAAUAAGGUGGCUCCACCUUUAACUGCAGCAGUGCCGGACAUUGUUACUAUUGUGGAGAGACUUUCUUCUUCUGCUGGGCCGUACCAUGCAGUUUUGGACUUGGCAAAUGCUUUCUUCUCCAUACCUGUAGCAGAAGAGAGUAGGGCUCAAUUUGCAUUUACUUGGGAGGGGAGGCAAUAUACCUUUCAGGUACUUCCACAAGGAUAUCUACACAGCCCAACUCUUUGCCACGGGCUGGUGGCCAGAGACCUGGCCAAGUUGCAGUUAAAUAAAGUGACUGUAUUCCAUUAUAUUGAUGAUGUCCUGAUUACAGAAGAAAAGCCGGAUGUGGACAUUGCAUUGAAAACAGUGAUUGAACACCUUCAGAACCGAGGGUGGGCUAUAAAUGAGAAUAAAACACAACAGGGAACAUCAGUGAAAUUCCUGGGUAUGAUAUGGAAUGGAGCAAAAAGAGAAAUACCUGCAUCGGCCCUAGAAAGUAUCCAAAAGAUUGCAGUCCCAAAAACAAAACAGCAGGCACAGGCCUUUUUGGGAGCGAUGGGCUUUUGGAGAGCAUUUGUACCACACCUUGGACAAAUUUUACGACCUAUUCACUAUGUGACUAGGAAAAAAUGUGAUUUCCAGUGGGGUCCUAAACAGCAGAUGGCCUUCGUGGAGGCGAAAAAAGCCUUACAACAGAGUGUGGGACUGGGUCCAAUAGACCCACAGCAACCUUUUAUUUUAGAAGUGACUGUUGCUAAUAAUGUCAUGUCCUGGGGAUUGUGGCAGAAAAAUGAUGUGGGAAAGAAAAGACCACUAGGAUUUUGGUCUAAAUCCCUGACCGGAGCACAGACUAGAUAUAGCCCUCUCGAACAGCAUGUACUGACUGUAUAUACUGCCUUGAUCCAUAUAGAGGGGCUGACCAAACAACAGACGGUGACAGUGAAAGUAGAUUACCCAAUCCAGGGGUGGUUACGAGACAAUACUCUGAUGAAAACAUUAAUAGCACAGUCUUCGACUGUACAAAAUGGAAAUGAGGAAAGAAGGCAUAACCAGCAAGUAGAUAAAAUGGCUGCAGUACGUACUGUUGAGGAGAAUCCUGAGGAUAUCAGCAUGGCCAGGUGGGCCCACGAUCGAAGUGGACAUUUGGGGAGAGAUGCUACGAUGGAAUGGGCACGGAGACAUGGUAUGCAACUCAGUAAAGAUGUACUGAUAGAUGUCAUAAAACAAUGUGAAAUUUGUCAAAGAAAUAAACGAAAGCAACUGCAAUCAGAAGCAUGUGGACACAUACAUAGAGGCAGUCGUUCAGCUCAGAUCUGGCAGAUAGAUUUUAUUGGUCCCUUGCCAUUGGAUCAAAAUCAACAAUAUUGCCUAACCAUGGUGGACACUUAUUCGGGGUUAUUAAUGAUUUCCCCAUCUAAAAAAGCAAACCAACAAGCAGUACUGAGGGGACUGCAUAAACUAUGCAUAACAUAUGGGACUCCUGUUGAAAUACAAAGUGACCAAGGCAGUCAUUUUACAGGAGCAGAAGUCCAAGAAUGGGCAAGAGAAAAUGGAGUUCGAUGGGUGCUACACAUACCAUAUCACCCCCAGGCUGCUAGUCUGAUUGAAAGGUACAAUGGACUUCUUAAAGAACAGAUUCGUAAAAAUACAAGUGAUGGAACUUUGCGAGGAUGGGCAAAAGUAUUGGAACAAGCCAUAUAUGCUAUGAACAACAGUUCAACUGUAUUUGAUGGUUUAGGACAUAUAGUAAGAUACACAAGAGGAUGUAAAACUGUAAGUAGUGCUAGAAUUGUUCAGCAUGUUAAAAUGAUAAUUAAUAUGACAGCAGUAGAUAUCACUACUAGACAUUCACAAUGCAAGUCCACCAACUUAUGGCCAAUUAACUCCCUACACUUGAAAUAUAGGCAUUACCAAUAUAGAAGAAACAAACGUGAUGUCACAGGAAUAAUGGGAACUGCCUUGGGAGCAGUUGGGACAGGUACAGGAUUUCUGAAUAGCAUAGACAUUGACACCUUGAGAAGUAAAUUAAGCCAUUUAGGUGAAGACCUAAACAUGGCUUUUAAGCUCUUAGCUGAUCAUGAUCCAGAGCUCGGUCAAAGAACCGUAGAUAGUGUUAUAACUCAAACUGUCAUGUGGAGAUGGAUUGAUCAUGCUAAUAUGUAUACAGAACAGGUUCUAAAUAACCUUACUAAAGAAUUAAAUCAAAGCUUUUGCAUUUUGUCCCAAUUGGCUGCCAAUCAGCAGUACCUGCAGUUCAUUCAGGUUUGGGGGGCAAAACGGCCAAACCAUUGGCAAAAUGAGUUGCAAUUGUAUAAUUGGUUGAAACCAUUAGAUUUUGCAUGUGAAAAUGAUUCUUGCAUAUUGAUCUUUGAUUAUCUUGCUAGUAAAAAGGGAACAAAACAGGUUUGUCCAUUUGUAGCAUUGCCUUUGCAAUUCGGAAAUAAUUGGUGGGUGCCUCAGAUAGAAUCUAAUCUCAUUGAUUAUAAUGAUGUUCCCAUUGAUUUAGCAGGAUCUAUAUGCUGCACAGGAGUGCAGCUUGAAGUCAUGUCACAUGGUAGGCAUUCAGUGAACAGAGAACUGCUACUAACAACACAGCAGCAAGAUGCAAUUGAGUGUUUUUGUUGUUCUACAAAAUGA